AUGGGAGAUCUGAAAGGAAUCCGCGAUGCGUUUAGCGCUGCCAACAGCUUCUUAAAUCCUGAAAUCCAGAAGUUGCAAGGGCAGUCGUUGCUGGAGAUCUUGAAUUAUCAAGUUGAUCCCUCGAUUGUGUCAGAUGAUGCUCGAAGAGUGGCGGUCAUCAAGAAGGCAUUGGAUAUCUUGAGCCAUAUCCAUGUCGCCUUUGUCGCCCCAGUAGAGGACCCUGAUACGGUGCAGCAACUGCAACAGGAAAAUGAAGAGCCAUCACUCGAGGAUGCAAAGCGACGCAGAAUGCUACACGCAAUAUUAGAUUUGAUCUCUCUCGAAGGAAUUUAUCCGUCGCUGUCGUCGGGAGUUGGCAUUCCACUGCAGCAAAGAGUCAUUUCGGUGCUACCGGCUGGUGUGAUCGCUAAACAGACUCAAGUCACCCAUAGCUCUGUGCCCCAUAAUGAAGCUCUCCUAGAAUGUAUCAUGAGAGUUCUACUGAACAUCACGCUGGAUGAUAGGCCAAGUAUACAGCCUGUUAUCCGGGGCCGCAUAUUGAGCGACCUUAUUAGCGGUGCAGCCGACCUUGCCUUCAACCCACACCUUCACUACUCUGAUGAUCGGAUAAUUUACCAAAAAGAGUUUUCUAGACUUAUUGAUGAGACGCCGAGUGCGGUUCUUUUACCCACACUAUCGAGUUUUCUACAGGCAGAUACAGUUGCAUGGUUCAAGUCCAGUGUGUCUAGUCAUUUAUCCCAUGUUCCACUUCGUCCUGGUGGUGUCUUGCAGACAAUCAUGUUCAUUGUAUCCCAAUUUGCACCAUCACUCGGACAAGAAGCCCGGAAUGAGCCAUCAAAUGGACCUCAUUUUACCGUGCAGGCCAUUAUGCAAAUAUCGAAGCUUCUUUCAUCAGUUCCGCAGGGUAUUGAUCCGGAGUCCUAUUUUACAAACACCGGCGCUCAACUACUGGAGUUACUUGAUGGAGACGACCCAGACUUGAAGAAAACUUCAUCCUAUGUGAUUGGAAAUGGUAUUCUGGGAAAGCGCUCAUACGGAGCCCCGGGUACCAUUGGUCACUCGAUAUUUGUUGAACCGGCCUUCGGGGUUCUAACCGCUGAGCUCAACGAUUCGACCUGGAAAUGGAUGACGCUUCACUCUGAAAACCAGGGACACAUGCCGAUCAAAAGCGAGAAUCCUUUGUCCCCGAAUACAAUUGUCAAUAGUGAUAUUGUGGGUCUCGCACUGGACAGGCUGCGCAGCCUGGCUUUGCAGCAUCCCAACCCAGGACUUGUAAAGCGUGUCGUCUAUCCCGUCUUGCUUCCCCUGUGGGGUCUGGCUUGUUAUUCCCAAGAGCAUCAACUGGCAAAAUUUCAUGACAAAGCCAUGGAGCUGCUUCUGACAUACUUCAGUAUCUCUGUUGGAAUUCAACCUCUCAAGAAGCUGGUCGACAACUUACUUUGGGAUGGUGGAUUUUCCUGGACAUACGGUACAGAUCCUCAGCGAGAAAUAGUACUGCAAAAGCGAAAGAACCAAAGCAGCAACCAGUCGAAUCUAAUUGGACUGAUCGAUUCCCUGCAAGGCCGAACAGACCUUUUUGUCAAACUUCUGGGUUCUGACCCGAGCGCAGAGGAGCGUACGGGUGAUAUCUUCCUCUAUGUGAGCCAGUCUUGGCUUGUGCAUUCCCAGGAAUCAGAUCAAGCUGGCAAACAAAAGAAAACACAGAAACUUGGCGAAAGCGAGGAUAUCAUGCAAAAACUGGUCUCUGCCAAAGUUGCUGAGAAGCUACUCAAUACCUUCAAAGAUACUUUGUCACGACGCCCAUUGCGAGUGCUAGAACUCAUCAAACAAUUGAUCGACGGAGAGCUGCAUGCUCGUAGCAGAAAGGAAACAGAAAAACAGGAGCAGAAGAGGGGCAAAGUCUCCCUGACCUCCCUGGCAAACAUUGUACCAGAGGAGGAGGUGGACUCGGUGGAUACGGACCACGGAGACGCACAGGAGUCCCUGUCGACGGCGUUUAGUCUGUUGUCCACUGUUAUUGCAUCCCCUGAAUUUGCGCUCUCUCCCGAGACCAAGUCACUCUUAGAAUCCAUCAAACAUGACCUUGAUCAACUCAUUCCCCUCCUGCCUAAUGAAUUAUCGAAACCAGCAACUACAUCGUCCAUGCUGAUGGAAAUUCAGCUAGUAUCGCCGGAGCACGAUGAUCUAAAACCACCUCCACCACACGUCGCAGACAUCGAAAAACAUCCUGAGGGGUUCUCAAUGCUAUCCAAGCUGAUUCUGGAUGCGUCGCCUGUGCUGGAUAUCCCUUCCACUCUGACGCUGCUUCUUUCCAUCGUUAUGGAUGUAUCAGAGUCCACAGCCAAUGAGGAGUUCAUCUAUCUCAACGCAAUCAAACUCAUUGGAACUCUUGCGUCGCGCCAUCCACGAACCGUGGUCAAGACACUUGUCGACAAUUAUGCCGACAAAAGUGAACAAAGGACGCUAGAUCAACGUCUUAAGAUCGGAGAGUCAUUGCUACGCACAGUUCAAGACCUAGGUGAAGCAUUGACUGGCGAGACUGCCGGGAUUUUAGGAGAAGGCAUGGUCUCAGUCGCUGGGCGACGCGGGCACAAACCCCAGACUCAACAAACCCGCAAGCAUGACGAGGAGAAGGAGCGGCGGAGAAAAGAGCGCGAACAACGGAAGCAAAGAGAGCCCAAGAUGCCAGCAGGAUGGUCUAUCCCAGAUAUUCCAUCCAUCAAACAACCCGAAAACAUCGAAGAUGAAGUCGGAGGAGAUGACGACUCGGAAGACGAGUCCCCGGAACAAAAGGCGUACGCUGCCAAUAUUAUUGCCGCCUGGGCAGCUGGUGCCUCGACUGACGAGGUGCCCGAUGACCUUCGCGUUCGCACGUCAGCACUCUCCAUUCUAGCUUCAGCAGUUCAAACGAAUAUCAUCGGCCUCGGCCCUACUAUCGUUUCAUCGGCAGUAGAUUUAGCGCUGUCAACACUGACACUUGAGCCCUCCCCGGAAAGUGCAAUUCUUCGCCGCGCAAGCGUCGUUCUGAUUCUAGAUAUCCUCAAGGCACUCGACAGCACCAGGGAGCAGCGCAACGGAAAGGAUGUUGGAUUUGGCUUCUCGCUCACAGAUGACGGCUCGGGCUCGAUUCAAAACCCGCAGAAUCCAAGCACGCGCGGUCCGUCCACUAUUGGGCAUAUUCCAUCCAUGGUGCGUACCCUGGGAUUCGUCGAGAGUAUUGAGACAGACAGUAUUGUGCGGGGGCACCUACGUGCUCUGAUCGAGAGCCUUGAGGCUUGGAUGGAGAAAUCCUUAAUGUGGGGAAUUGGUGCCCAUGGAGAUGAAAGUCAGCCGCGAUUGGAACUUGGUGAUCGAAUCGCCGGGCUGGAUGUUGACCCUAUGGCUCAGCCGAGUGCUGAGAGGAGACCGCGGAUUGAGGAGAUAGAGUAG